AACUCUGAACUGUCACUUCCUGGAUCUGCGGUGGGCGUGGCCUGACGUUUCUUAUCUUCACUUUCACUUUGGAAGACAUAAAGGAAGAAGGCUGUACGGUGAUGGCCUGACGUCUGCCGGAAACUCACCGAAACCGGAAAAGAUGGCGGAGGGCUGGAGAUCCAGAACGUCUGAGGACAUCGGGAAGUUCCGCCAGCAAAUGCAGAGCUAUGAUGAGAAGUCGCUGAGGCUGCUAUUCCAGUAUUACAGAGAAGAUCUCACCUAUAUCCUGCAGACUCUGGACACCGAGUCCAUCCUGGAAGAGCUGCAUUCCCGAAAUGUCAUAAACCCGCAGGAUUACGGACACAUGAGAGACGUCUGGGGGACGGAGACUUUCUCCAAGCGUUUGCUGGAAGACGUGAUGGGAUCCGGAAGAGACGCUGUGAUUGGAUUCUGGGAAUGUCUCUUUGCGCUCCGCAGAUGUCACCCCAAUAUAUUGUCCGUCGUCAUGGAAAUCACCAACACAGGAAAGCGUCUGGUGGAGAAGAUUCUAUCGGAUGAACGUGGCCACACACUGCCUCCGAAGCUUAGAGAUCUUCAAAUAAAGCACAAGCAACAUCUUCUGAAGGAAUCUCAAACUCUAGAGGAGCCGAGAUCCCCAGAAUUUACACUGAAAGCACAAAAAUUCCCCAUCAAUGAGCGUUUUGUGAAGCUGAGCGUUGUCUCUAUUGAUCUGUUCAAGGAACACAUUUGGCCCAACAAGCUGUUCAGUUGGAGCCACCAGUCACAAUGUGCCCCACGUGCAGUAAUGGUGAGCGGAGUGCCAGGAAUAGGGAAGACCACACUGGUGAAGAAGAUUGUCUAUGAUUGGGCGAAUGGAGAACUCUACCAGAGAUUUGCUUUUGUCUUCUUCUUCAAAUUCCGAGAACUCAAUAAACUGGGGAAGGGCAGUUUGGAGAAGAUGAUUUUUCAACAGUAUCCACAUUUGGAGGGUCACAUUGGAAAUAUUUUAAAACAUCCAGAGAUACUUCUGUUUUUAUUCGAUGGAUUAGAUGAAAGUAUUCACCAAAUUGAUUUUAACUCGAGUAGAAUAUCUUCUGAUCCAAAACAGAGAGAAAAUGUUGGUGUGAUUGUGGAGAGUUUGGUAAGACAGAGACUUCUUAUGGGUUGCUCCGUACUGGUAACCAGCCGUCCAACCAGACUGGCAUCAAUUAACACCAAGAAUUUCCAGAGAAAGGCUGAGAUCAUUGGAUUCCACCACAGAGACCAACUCAUCUACUUUGACCAUUUCUUUGGAGACAAGGAACUCUCAGAGAAGGCUUUUCAUUAUGUACAGGAGAAUGACACGCUGUACACUCUCUGUAAUAUCCCAUCAUACUGCUGGAUCGUCUGUACAGUGUUAUCAAUGUGCUUCAGAGCCCAACCAACAAACACCGAUCAGCCGAUGGCAUCAUUGCCCAAAACAGUGACACAACUCUUUGUGACCUUUGUCUCCAACAUUCUGGCCAAUCACAAGAAAGAUAGCGCUGCCACCACCCGGGAAUUGAUAUCUAUCGGACUGAUGGCAGAAGAUGGAGUCACGAAUCACAUGACUGUAUUUGAUCGCCGCCAUCUGGACUCGUUCAGUGUGAGAACUGAUAACGAUCUCUUUUCAUGUCUCAUGAUGGGAUCUGGUUGGCCUCCUGAUGUGGAUUACACCUUCUUACAUCUCACUCUUCAGGAGUUCCUUGCUGCUUUAGUUCAUUUUAUUAACUAUAAUCCCGACAAAUUACAAGAAUCACUUGAUAGGGCUGAAUCGUACAAAGACAGCCGUGCUGAAAUUUUCCUUAGUUUCCUCUGCGGUCUCUCAGACUCUUCUACUAGAUCCAUGUUAGAGUCUCAUGUAGGAGGAUUUUCUGCUGAGGCUUCCAGACACGUCACCUCCUGGAUCCAGAGGAAGGCAAAAGACCAAAAACCUGACAAAUCUAUCAGGGGCUCCAGAGAUCUUCUUAAUGUAUUCUACUGCCUACAUGAGAGCGGGAAUAAGGAGCUGGUGUUACAAUGUAUCGGAUCAAGGAGAGUUAUUGACUUUUCUGGCAUUACUCUCACCCCUGUAGACUGCUCUGUCUUGUCGUUCAUCCUUGAAUCCUGCAGAGAGACAGAACAUCUAAACCUGAAGGGAUGUAAUGUUCAAAAUGAAGGAUUAAGAAAACUUGUACCAGCUCUACACACCAUCAGGAGUUUGAGUUUUUAUAAUAAUAACCUGACAGACAUUUCCUGCACUGACCUGGCUUCAGGAAUAAGAAAUAACCGGACUUUGAGGAGACUUGACCUGUCCUGGAACCAUCUGGAGGGUCCUCAUUUCAGCGACCUGAUGAAGGCUCUGACCACAAGCCAGUUAGAGGAAUUAAUUUUGUAUGGUAAUAACCUGACAGAAAGUUCCUCCAUCCACCUGGGAUCAGGAAUAAGAAAUAACCAGACACUGAGGACACUUGACUUGUCUGGAAACAAUCUGGAGGGUCCUCAUUUCAGGGAUCUGAUGGAAGCUCUGACCACAAGCCGGAUAGAGGAAUUACAUUUCUAUGGCAGUAGACUGACAGACAGUUCCUGCACCCACCUUGCAUCCGGAAUAAGAAAUAACCAGACACUGAGGGAACUUGGCCUGUCUGGGAACAAUCUGGAGGGUCUUCAUUUCUGUGAUCUGAUGACAGCUCUGACCACAAGUCGAAUAGAGGAAUUACUUUUGAAUGACAAUCACCUGACAGACAUUUCCUGCCCCCACCUGGCAUCAGGAAUAAGGAAUAACCAGACACUGAGGAAACUUCACCUUUGUAGAAACAAUCUGGAGGGUCCUCAUUUCAAGGAUCUGAUGACAGCUCUGACCACAAGCCGGAUAGAGGAAUUGUUUUUGAAUUCUAAUAACAUGAAAAGCAGUUCCUGCACCCACCUGGCAUUGGGAAUAAAAAAUAACCAGACCUUGAAAAGAUUUGACCUGUCCUAUAACUAUCUGGAGGGUCCUCAUUUCAGUGACCUGAUGACCGCUCUGACCACAAGUCGGAUAGAGGAAUUACUUUUGUAUGGCAAUAAAAUGUCAGACAGUUCCUGCACCCAUCUGGCAUUGGGGAUAAGAAAUAACCAGACCCUGAAGAAAUUGGACCUGUCAAAUAAAAAUCUUGGGGGUCCUCAUUUCAGUGAUCUGAUGACAGCUCUGACCAAAAGCCGGAUAGAGGAAUUAAUUUUAACCUACAAUAAUCUGAUUGACAGUUUUAGCCCCCACCUGGCACUGGGAAUAAGAAAUAACCAGAAUUUGAGGAAACUUGACCUGUCUGGUAACAAUCUGGAGGGUCCUCAUUUCAGGGACCUGAUGAAAGUUCUGACUUCAAGUCGGAUAGAGAAAUUACUGCUCCGGAAUGUGAGUCUGACUGAUAAGUGCGCCCCAUUCCUGGCUUCACUGAUCAACUGUACAACUCUGACAGUCCUGGAUCUGAGAUAUAAUCGACUUACUGAUGCCUGUGCUGGAUACAUAGAGGACCUCAUACUGACAUCAUACAGCUUAAAGGAGGUCAGAACCGAUGGAAAUGGCCUUUCUAUUGACACAGAAGACAUACUAAGGAAAAUAAAGCAAGAAAUACAAGAUUAUGUCCCAUUAAAUCCUUCUAAAUCUGGUGAUCAAGAAGAGGCUUUGAUGGAGUCUGAUCCGUCUGCAGAGUCUGAGGAAGAGCCAGAGAAUUUAGUUGCACCGAUUGUAGAUGGAAAAACAUACAGGCUAAAUCUGAAGCCUGGUGGACUUUUCUGCUGCUCAGAGACGGGGAUUAUGUUUAAAGUGAAAUCUGAAGUGACCAUCAAAUAUGAGCUGAAAUUUGAGAGUGAUUAUGUGAAUAAAAUACAGGAGAAUGGAUAUGACGUCGUGGGUCCGAUGUUUGACAUAACCGUAGAGCCCAAAGUAGUCUCAGAAGUGUACUUACCACAUUACUUGUGCUUACAAGGUCUGAAAAGAGGCAUCUCUCUAAUUAGAUGCGGCAAUUUUAAGGAUGGAGAAUUUAAUAUAAUAAAACCGACAACCAUUGGACCGUCUCAUAUUAUCCUGGAAAAUCCCUCCUUUUCCGAACUUGUUACUCUAUUUUCGAAAUUAUGGAGACGACCCGUUCCAUUCAAGGGGAAGAUUUUGUUAUACAGUACGGUGGUUUGUCCAGAAGACGAGAACUGCUUGGAGUAUAAGUUUCAUCUUUAUGUGAUACCCAAAAAACAGCCGGAAGUUAAUAAACUUCAUGAGCAGAAUCAAACCGACGGAUUCAAGGACAUGAAAAAACCUCACAUAAUGAAGAGCAGAUUAUAUACUAAAACGGAUUAUAUGGUCAAAGUUCACUCCGAGGUAAAGAUACAGCCCGAGGUAAAGAUACAGCCCGAGGUAAAGAUACAGCCCGAGCAUCUUCAGCUGAAGAUUAUUUAUAAGACAGAAGAUUUACCCUUCGUUGAAGUUAUUGCGGAUAAAAAUGCAAAAAAACUUGUCUUAUUGAUGUCUGUAAAGGAAAGUGGCGAUAGGCUCUGGGAAGGUGAAAUCACAGAAGGGGAAUUGAGAGAAAUGAAGCUAAGAGCCUGCAAAUCUGUCAGCGGUGCAGGUUCUUCUCCAACAACAAAGCACUUUGUGGAGGAACAUCAGAUAGAACUGAUCAAUGGAGUCCCCCUGAUAGAUCCGAUCUUAGAUAAGCUCAGAGAUCUGGAACUAUUAACCCCUGAGCAGUGUAAUAUGGUGACUGGUAAAUCCACCCCCCAGGCCAGGAUGAGAAAGCUCUAUGAUUUUGUUAGAGGUUGGGGGGAUAAGGAUAAGGACAAGUUACUCCAGACUAUAGAGGCGACCAACAAGUCACUAGUGAGAAAGUUAAGAAAAUAGAAUCCAUGAAAAGGAAUCUCAGACUCUACAGUCUGAUCAAUAUUCCUAUCACACACGUUCCUGGCAAAAAUGGCCCAUAAAAUGGUGGGUGCUGCAACGAUUACCAGUUGGGUCCUGGAAACAUCAAACAAGCGUACAUACUCGCCAGCACACCAGGGAAUCGACAAUUUCCGUCCAAAAGUUUUU